UCAAAUAUGUCUGUCGACGAUAAAAUCGUCACAACGAAUGUGAGAUUGCCACCUGAUGUGUGGCAGCUUCUCUUCGACGAGCUUGCUGUACGCAAUGACUUCUCGAGCUUGUACAAUUGUGCUGUGGCUAGCAAACAUCUGGCUGGCUCCGGAGCCCUGGCGAAUCUCUACCGUCACAAUGCGCCAGUUAAGAGUGGAGGCAAUGAAUCAUUGCCAUUACAAGAACAGGAGCAAGCUGUUCAAAGAUGGUCAAUUUUGUGGCGGACCAUAUUGCUUUCAUGCACUGAGGAGACGCUUUUCCCAUAUUGCCAUUACUUGAGGGUACUUGAUCUACGGGAUCUCUACGAUUUAUUGGACGACGAUAAGUUCAGAGGUAGGAUCCAACAGAACUUCUACUCCGGUUCUCUUGCGAGAUUCAACAUUACUAGCCAGACUAGAGGCAAGAAUCGUGCCUUGAAAUCGAGUAAUAUGCGUGCGGCAGUUGCUGCGAUUGGAGAUGGUGUGUCGCAUAUACACAACUCUCUAAAUGAAUGCCUGACUGACCAAAGAAAAACUCANGCAAUUGUGAAGGCUGCACCCAUGCUCGAGGAAAUCACCGAGCCUAUCGUUCAUGGCGAAUAUAACAGUAGGCUACGAUCGCUUGAACUAUGGGACGGUAAAACACUGGGCGACGAAACCGUUCAGGAGCUCUUGCAUAAGCACUGUCCACAUCUCAACAGAAUCAACAUCUAUCAAUGGNNUGAGGUUGGAGACGAUUCUGACAGACAACUCGCACGGUUCCUAAACCGUAUGCCAAAGAAUACACUACAAUAUUUUGAGAAUAUUGGAGAAUGCGGCAUCGGUACCGAAACUUGCCAGGCACUAAACACGCAUGGAGCGUCUUUGAAGUUCUUAGCACUUGCAAUCCCGGACAAAGGAAUCGAAGGAUUAGGAAUGAUGAAAGACUGUACAGUGAUUGAGACGCUCAAACUGACCGACACACAAGCACCGCACGAUCUCAAGGAAAUGCAGAAAGAUACUCUGGAUGCCAUGGUAGAGUGGCUGAAGCAGUGCACAAAACUGCGUGAAGUCACUUUGAUUGAUUUCGUUUCUGCUCCAGACAUUCUAGCACCAGUGUUAAGCGAGGAGGGUAUUGACCUGGAAGACUUGCAGAUUGGUGCAGUAGAUGACUGCAUGUACGCACUACGGGAGCAUCAAGAAUUUCAUGCAGCCAUCGGAUUGCAGACGAGACUCCAGAGUCUGCUGCUGAAGGCCGAUCCUGACCCUCUAGAGCCUGUUGCUCGCAAUCAGCUUUGCGAAUCUCUGUGUGAGUUGAGAGAUUUGCGAUACCUCCAACUUACUCGAUCAUCAGAUUACUUCCAAGAUGAUCAGCUGCAGCUUCUCGGAGAAAACCUGCUGAACCUGGAGGAACUCCUUGUUAGCGGUUGGCUGUUGAGUGAUCGAACGCUAACCACACUGUCCAACCUGGGAAACUUGAAGAGUGUAUCCUUCACUGGUUUAUCAGUCUUCACGGCGGAUGGUCUUCUAGAGUUCAUUGAUAAGCUUGGACCAGGUAACAGCGGUCUGGCCAUCUCGAUCGAUAUGGCUUCACUAGAUGUAGCUUUGAGUAGCGAGGAGCAGGACUUGAUUCGUGAUACUCUAGCCAGCAAGGUGCAAGGUCGUUUCGAGUAUCAGCUUGUCAGAGGUAAGCCAGCUUCGUCCUCAUAA